CGCGACGAUGAGCGUCAGGAGCGACGAGAAGGGGUCGACGCCGCGACAUCAUCAUACGUACCGGGGCCACCGCUCUUACUCUUUCACCGCCUCCGACGUCAAUGAGCUCGUCGAACUCCGCGCCCGCCAGCGCACCUUCCACGGUGCCUAUAGUCGGAGCGCUCUCUCAGCCCUAGGAUACUCGCUAACAAUCCUUCGCCUCUUUGAUCACCGUUUCUACAAGAUCGGUAUCCUAUUCGCCGUCUUCGGCGUCCUCAUGUUUUUUCUCUCUUUCUACCGCUCCAAGCACUCCAAACACGACUUUGCCGACCACGACUAUACACGCUACGAAGGCCGCAUGAUAGAGACGAAGGGGCAGCACGGCAAGCGGGUCUUCGGCAGGCCUUUUGUCACCGCCGGUCGUGUCGUCGUCCUUGUGACUGCACUCGUCCUGGCGCUGGAGGUUACGCUCAUGGUCCUCGUUCUCCAAGUGUAAAGAACACAUAGUUGCUAUCGAUGUCUGUAUCACCCUAUCCCGAUACCAUACUGUACAGCAUAAUAAUGCAGGGGAUGUCCUUAC